AUGAAUACUAUAAUCGUCAGAUUCAUUGACUCCAACAAAGGGGAACAAAUCACAGACCUUGAAAUAUCUGACACAGUAUUUCACUUAGGGAACAUAAAGAAAACCAUUAGAGAGAAAAUCGAUUUUGCCUCCAACAAAAGAUUGAAAUUAAUUUACAAUGGACGAGUUAUCAAUGAUAAGUUCAAAUUCACUGAUUUAAAGUUCACUGAUCAUAAAUGUUACAUUCACUGUGUCAUCGGCGAAACACUAACAAUCAAACAAUUGAAUGAAGAAAAUGAAUUAGAUAAUGAAGAGAUUAAACAAACAACACAACCACAAGUGAUUGGAUUCGACAGGUUAUUACAACAGGGAUUUAGUCAACAAGACAUUGAUCAAUUAAGAUCACAGUUUGAAAACAUUCACAAUAUCGAUAGAAGUUCAGACCAGCCGAUUAAUGAUUUAGAAGAAGAAGAACAAAGACAAAAUUAUAUCAGACAACUUGAAGAAAGAUGGAUAGAACUGACAGUUAACCCAUCAGGAGGAACCACCACAAGAGCAACAGCAGAAGAUGAACAAAAUGGUGAGACUGUAACGCAUAAUGUCCCUUCAGCAGAAUUGGAGGAAAAUCACAACAAAGACUUAUUGAUUGGUUUAAUGAUAGGGGUAUUUUUGGGUAUAGUUGCCGGACUAUUUGUGAUCUGUGACGAUUCCAUUUUCAACAAACGUCAAAAGAUGGCCAUAACAGCAGGGAUAUUCGUUAAUUUUUCUAUGGCUAUUGUCAGAGGUCAAUGGAUUUAA